AUAAAAGUGUCUAUAAGUUAGAGAUAGUUGCAUUCAAAUACUGACAUUUAUAUAGAAUUGUUGUACUAUUUUACUGUUAUUAUAUAUUCGUUAUUAUGGUUUUUACAGUUGUAUUAAUUACUUUAGCAUGUAUUACUGUAAGUUACUUCGUUUGGAAUUAUUGCCGACCAUUCUUCGUUAGAAAAGAAAUCACUUUGCCAGGUCCAAGGAAACUUUACACAAACUUUCUUCGUAAAAAUACUGACGAAUUUCUGAAUAUUAUAAAUUCAUUGGGGUUUUAUUAUCCAUCUCCAUUCCAAAUAAAGUUGAAUUACACGCCACUUGUUAUAAUAUACGAACCAGAUCAAGUAAAGGACUUUUUACAAAAUCGAGAUAACUUAGACAAAAAUUUAUUAUAUAAAUUUACAGAACACAUAUUCGGCAUGGGAUUACUAACAGCUCCUGAAUCUAUAUGGGCUCACAGUCGAAAAGCAAUAGCACGAAACUUUAAUCCGAUCACAUUGCGUGAAUUUUUUAAUAUAUUUGUUGAACGAUCUUUAAUGUUGAUGAACAAAUUAGAAAAAGUUGGAUUAAAUGGAAAGGAAUUUACCUCUUUUAUGCAUUUAAAAACGAGUGCUUUAGAAAUUGCACUUGAUACUAUGAUGGGUAUUAAACAAGCAGAUUUAAAGACAAUAAAUCUAUAUGUGGAAUCAGCUGAAAAAAUAAAAAACAUUUUGAGACGUAGGAUGUAUUCUACAUGGAUAAUGAACGAAUUAUCAUUUUAUAAUUUUAUAUUCAAUAAUUUUUAUGCUUUGGGACACGAACAAAAAAAGGUCAUAAAGUCGUUAGGCUCACUUACAGAUAUGAUGACACAGCAUCAGCUGUAUGGAACACAUGGAGAACAUACAAAUAAAACGAAAAACCAUACAAAUAAAACGUUUUUCGAGAUGAUGCUGAAAACGUUUUCUAAAAAAAACUUUACGGAAAAAUUAAUUCGCGAUAAUAUGAUUACUCUUCUUUUAACGGCCACUGAUUCAAUCGGUGUUACUCUAAAUUUUGUUGUAUUCAUGUUAGCAAAUUUCUCAGAAAUACAAGAAAAAGUAUAUAAAGAAUUAACAGAAAUAUAUGGUACAACAAGUGUAAAGUCCACACCAAUUAAAUACGAGGAUCUACAACAUAUGAAUUAUUUGGAUCGAGUUAUUAAGGAAACAAUGAGACUUUUUCCUACUAUUCCUCUAGUUGGUCGAAAGCUAAAAGAAGAUAUGAAAAUAGGUGAAUAUAUAAUACCAAAAAACACUAAUGUUACCAUAGCAUUUAUGCUGAUGUAUCGAAAUGAAAAAUACUGGCCGGACCCGUUAAAAUUUGAUCCAGAUAGAUUUCUCCCGAAAAGAUUAAAGGAUAAUCAAUUAUCUUACUUUGCUCCUUUUAGUGAUGGACCAAGAAAUUGUAUCGGUAUGAGAUAUGCGAUGACUUCUAUGAAAGUCAUUCUGGCUACUUUGGUACGAACAUUCGUAUUAAAAGUAGAUGAACAUAUUCCGAUAAAUAAAAUAAAAUUACAAACAGAUAUAACAAUAUCUCCCAUUAAGCCUUUCAAGAUCAGGAUUGAAAAACGGAAUCUAUAAUAAAACAGUAAAGAAAUAAAAUAUAUUCGAGGCUAGAUCUUUAAAGAUUUCUGGUAAUUAAAUCUUAAUCAAUUGGUGUCUUAAAAAAUUAAAAAAUUUUCUUAUUUUUUAAAUGUUUGUAUUAUAACACUUCAUAAUUAUUACUAUAUAAGUAAAACUUACAGAAAUAACUCUAUAUUAUAUAAUACAAAUAAAAAAAAAGUUGAAAAGAUUAAAAAAGAAUUUACCUUUCGUAAUUUCUGGUCAAUAUCCAUUCUGCUGUAUAAUAUUUUACUUUAUUUGUUACUUCAUGCGAAUAAGACUCUUGCAUUCGCAUUUUGUUGUUUAAAACAUUAGUGUAAAUGUUACUUACACAACAUAUAUUUACAUUGUAAUAUAUAUUUACAAUAUAUAUUUAAAAAAUUAAUCGAAAAAUUAUUGUCGAAAAGUGAA